UCAACCUCUCCAUGCACCACAGACCGUUAGAGGAAGGCGCCAUAGUGUUGACUGCAUUGCAUUCUGUGUAGAGAGAGGAUGUCGUGUCACCAGCAAAAGUACACAGGAUAUUCUAACCUUGUUAUUGCAGUCAUUUAGCUUCUCUGUGAGCCUUUAUAAACUCUAUAGAGCGAUGGCUAGCUGGAGACUAUGGAUGCUGUGUCUUGCUGCACUACUCGUACUGGAGGGUCAUUGUGGUUUAAAUAUCGAAGGCUGCGAAAGCGGCAGUGUGGACAUUGUUGAGAACACGAGUCCCUCAUUCACAUGUGGCACAUUCUGGAGUAAUUGGUUAGAAUGGCAUGCUUUUAAUGACUAUGGUGAUGAGAAAAGAACUUUUUAUAUUGGAUUUUGCGAUACAGAGAGAUGUGAAUUUCAAAACAACAAAUUUAAAUUAGGCUUAGAAUCAUCAAACGGCUACAAAUCUGUGCUAAAGAUAUCAGACAUCAAGAGAGACACAGCUUUUCGAAUAAUCUGUAAACACCAAUUGACGUCGGUACAAUGUAGAUUGAGAAUAAUUGGUUUAAAGAUCAGCAACUGUGUAAACGGCGAUGUGGAUGUUGUUGAGGACACGAGUCCAUCAUUCACAUGUGGUACAUUUAGUAGAAGUUCGCUGGUCUGGUUGACUGGUGAAUUGAAAAUGUUUAGGAUGGGUGCUUGCGAUGAGAACAGCUGUACAUCUGACAACAUCAUGUAUAAACUACGUCUAGAAAGUUCUUCAUCUGCUGAUUACAGUUCCGAGCUUACAAUAACUAAAAUCGACAGAAACUCAUCUCGUCAUUUACUUUGCGUCAAUUACGCAGCAGUAACAUGGUGCAGUUUGAGAAUAUUCGCGCCUGCUAGAAUUGUUCCUGGAGACUGCAGUGUGACGAUAUCAAACUGGCGGGUUCAAGGGUCAUGCCAAGUUGAAAACAUGUUCAUGUUAAACGACAAUUACACCUGCACGUGGCGCGAAAACAGUGCCAGGAUCACAGGUGAUUUCCACGGUCAACAGAAAUAUUACAAUAAUUUGAAUAGAGAAUACUGGAAAGCAGUUUGCUCCUUUAGUAAAGUCAUGCCUGUUGACCAAAAGGAGUUUACCUACAGAAUUGAAAUAAGUCCUGGUUCUCAGGAUUUCUUCGUUGAAAUUAUCAACAUAUUACCUCCAAAUAAACCUGAGUACAACUGUACAGACAAUGUUACUGAGGGAUCCAAUGUUACCUGCAUCUGUACCUCCUUAAACAUGGGCAACCCACCAGCAAACUUGUCUUGGGAUGGAAAGACUGAUGGAAUAUUACUUCUCCAAGAUGUUCAGAGAGAAAAUGACAACAGCAAAUAUACAUGUCGUCUGACAUGGGGUCCUAAUGGGUUUAUUAACCAUACAAUUGUUUACACCCUGAGAGUAGUAGGAAAAGAACAGACAUCAGCAGCAAACGUAAAGGCAUGGAUGAUUGGUGGUAUUGUUGCCGCAGUUAUGCUAAUCACCAUCAUUGGAACACUCAUUACUAUCUUUAUAGUUAAACGGCAAAAAGGAACGAUUUGUAAAGGAAAGAUAAACCUGAGAUUUUGGCCUUGUGCUAGUUACUUCUGCCAUCGAAAGAAGCGAUUAUCUCAGUCCCGUGACGUCGUCAACAGCUCACAGACCCCCAUCAUACGUCACGCCGCUCCUUCUGGAGACCUGUAUACCGUCGUUAUGACAACGACCUCUGGUCAGGUCGAGGAUGAAUAUGUGACACUAAGCCAAACAACUGAAAACACAGAGAUUGAUAAGGUCUGUAAUCCCCAGGAAAGCCAAGAUAUGGCCCAGAUGACUGAAUCAAGGACGAGACCAACACUUCAGUCGCAGAGAACAACAGCUUGGGGAAGAAAUUUCAGUGAUUUAACAGGAACUUGCUAUAUGAAUGUCACUGAAGUGCCCACCGACUCUGGUCUGGGUGUGUACCAUAUAGUUCCCUGGGCUGUAGUGCCUACACAACACCAGCCUGACACUGGGGUCUAUUCUGAAGCAGUCAUAUCAGAAGAGGAAUACAAUGUCCUUCAGUUCCAAGAGGACCGCACUAGACAAGAAGAUCAUGCAGAUAUCUACCAUCGCAUUCAACAUUCAUAGUGUCUACCUCUUCACACAUGUUAAAAACCCAAAGACAGUAACUUCAGUAUAACGAAAUUAUUUUAUGAGAUUUAAAAGAAACCGCGUUCUGUCGAGUUUUCAAAGAAAUCUCUUAUGGUGUCACAUGUUUACCACAUGCCAAAACAUUUGGCUACAGUAAUCCUGACUUACUUAAGGUGUAAAUAUUCUUUUGCUGUUUUGUUCACUAAUUGAACUGUUCUUCAAACUAGCUCACACUCUGAGAUGUAUGUUAGUCUCAAAAGCACUAUAGAACGAUAAUGUGUAACAUAAGCAAGGCAUACUCACGUUUUAGAAUAGAAAUAUCAGAGAUAAAUAGUUGUAUAGAUUUGGGUUUAUAGACAGAGUGUAGACACUUGUUGUAGCCAAUGUUUUUACAGGAGUGAAAGAUAAGUUUUUGACUCCUUCUCUCUAGCAUCCCUCACGGCUGCAAUUUGCCUUUUAAUUUCAUUACCAUUUAUGUAUAUAUGUGUCGUUUAUGUAUCUAUCUCAAUCUUACUUUUGUCCUUCUGUCUUUAACUUCUCUCUCUCUCUCUCUCUUUCUUUCUCUUUCUCUUUCUCUGCCUUGCUAGUAUCAUUAAAAAGAAAGGUCUUGCUUUUACUUGUAAAGAAUGUGAUCAAAAAGGUCCUUCUUUUUCUGUAGAUAGCAGCAACAAUCUGUACAUUCACAACUAUUUCAAAUAAUUUAAUAAAUGAAU